UUUGUGGUGGCAGUUGUGCUACCAGCCCUAGUUGACUUCACAGCAUCGAACCCGAUGUCAUGAAGAACUAAAAGAGAAAGGAAGCGAAGUCCUGCUUGAGAGCUGCAGCCUCUCUGUGGCCUCCACGGCGUUGAGAAGCUCACUGUGACUGCAGCUUGUCCAUGUGACUGAGCUUCCGCUGCCUGCCUGCCUGCCUGCCUGCCUGCUUCCGUGAAGAGCAAAGAAGAGGGGGCAUUGGUGCUCGGGUCGGGGCAGAGGAGCGCUGCAGAACCCAUGAGAACACUCUCUGCAGCGGGAGUCAGCCAGCGAUAUGAUUAGGGGAUUGACCCUCAGUGGCUCGGGAACUCCACACUUAACCACCAGGAGGGAAAUGAUAAAAUGCCAGUCCACAGACUUACUCCUCUUCUCUGCUUGUUGUCCAUCUGGAGAAUCCUGACCACGGUCUCCAGUCAUCCCCACGUCGGCCCCUGUCAGCUGAUACAAAGAACAGCCCUCUGCAAUAAUCGCAAGCUUUCAUCUGUACCUGAAGGACUUCCUGACAACACAGAGGAGCUUCAACUCAACUACAAUGAUAUUCUAACACUACAGAACAAGUCUCUUCUACGCUACCCCUCACUAACCACCCUGAGCUUAGCUUGCAACAGCUUGAAGAAACUAGAAUCCAACACUUUUCAAGACUCUAAAUGGUUAGUAAGCCUUAAUCUUGCAAACAACAACCUUAACAGUAGUUAUCAAGAAAGCGGCCUCGCAUUAAAGAGACUCCCAGCUCUGAGAUUUCUAGAUCUUUCCGAAAACGGGCUUGAGGAUGACAUGGUUUCCACCCUUCUUCAGAACGUGACGUCUAUAGAGUACCUCAACUUGUCCGGGAACCUCCUGAGGAGAUUAGACGAGACCUCCUUCAGGGAUCUGCACCACCUCAAAGAGCUUGAUCUCCAGCGAAACCUCAUGUUUGAAAUUGACGGCGCCUUUGACAGCAAUCCGAACCUCCGGCGGUUGAACUUGGCUUUCAACUAUCUGCCCUGUCUGACUGACUUUCACAUGACCCAUCUGGUCGUCCUCAACGCUAGCCACAACUUCAUCGAGUGGUUCAUCUCAAGGCAGGAUCUGAACGAGACUUUCCAGCUAGAAACCCUCGAUCUGUCAGAUAACAAGCUAAUCUUUUUCCCGUUCCUGCCCAGUCAGAAUAAAUUACGCAACCUGUACCUGUCGCACAACACGCUAAGGUUCUACGAACACCUGUCCGACAAUGCUACGCUACCCAACUCCUCCACAACCGUGGAGUUCUAUAAUCUCAACAAGGACCUGCACAAUGUGACUGCUCAGCUGUGGGACGACAGCCUUCACGGAGACAUUUCCGCCCUGGAGAUUUUAGACUUGAGGGGAAACAAGGUGGAGUAUUUUCCUCAAGGGUUUAUCCGGAAAAUGCCCAUCCUGUCGAGACUUCACAUGAGCACAAACUGUCUGGAAACCUUAAAUUUUACCUCUGAAAAUUUCUCCUGCAGCUUGUACGAGCUGGAUGUGAGCAACAACCACCUCAACCUGAUCUCGGCAGACAAUCACACCCUUGCCGCUCUUGGAAAUCUGACAUAUUUCAACCUGAGUCGGAACAAUCUUAAGAUGAUUCCCUCUGGAUUAUUCUCCUCACUGUCAAACAUUCGAUCGGUGGAUUUGAGCUACAAUGACAUUGGCGUGUGCCUCAAAAAGACAGCAACAUUUACCAACACUCUCUCAGAUUGCGUUAAUUGGCAAAACAUCGUUUCUUUGAGGCAGCUUCACGUCAUGGGAUGCAGCCUUCAGACAAUCCCAGCAUCUGCUUUCGCAGGACUGUCGCUGACACACUUGGAGCUGUCCAAUAACCCUGGAGUUAUCAUGCGAGAUUCCUUACGAAGUUUGAGCGAGACACUGCAGUAUCUCGGCCUGGGAAACACCCAAAUCCAGAAUCUUGACUUCUCGGCUUUCCGAAAUUUGAAGUCCCUAAACCUUUCAAAGAACUCUCUCUCUCAAAUCCCUCAGUCACUUCAAAGCGUUGAUCUGAAAGUGUUGGAUUUGAGCGACAACAAUCUGUCCUCGAUCCCCUUGGGUCAGGCCCACGUGCUGGCCUCAAAGCUUCAGAUCGUCUUCCUUACAGGAAAUCCGUUCAACUGCUGCCAAGCGGAGUGGUUUAGGACAUUCGACGCAACAAAAACAGUCACCCUCGUUGCUCGGUCCGAAAUACAAUGCAAGGACAUCUUCCAAACACACAGAAUAAAGGACUCCCAGAGGUUCUCAUGUCAGGAAGCAAGCGAAUCGAUGCUAUGGUACAUCCUGCUGUUAGUUCCCAUUUUCCUGUCUUUUGGAGGAAUGGCUAUCGUUGCCUUCCUCGCCUUUAAACCCAAGUUACUACAAAAAUCUUUCAAAAAGAAGUAUUUAAAGCCUACAUCUUACUGAUACCUUCCCUCAGAGAGCUUUGUUCAACAUUACGUUAAGAAAUCUCAAUGUAAAAAUUUUAUAAAAUGCUUUUUUUUGUUUUUUUGGAAAAAAAUGACUACCUAAAUGCAGAUCCAGUCCUUUUUUGUCAGAGUGUUGUUCAAUAAAUUGUGGGUCAAAACCAACCAAAACCUGAUUCUGUAGAGUAGAACUGUGUGUGUAUGUGUGUGUGUGUGCAAAGAUAUGCAGAAGUAAUGUGAUGCAAGCUUUUGCUAUAAGCAGCAGAGGAAACUUGAAAUUUCCUGUUUUGGUGAUACGCAGCAACUGCCCAGUUCUGUAUCUCAGAGAGGAGGGGUUGCGGUUUCCUUCCCAUCACCGAGACAAAGUGGCAUGAUCAACACCAGAUUCCAGAAGGGUGGUGGUGGGAGGUGUGUGUGGGGGGGUGUUGACCUUCCAAACCUCCCCCAUCAAUUCCUUCGAUUCUCAACCAGCCGGUUAACAAGUUCCAAUCUUUAAUCUGUGUGUCGUUAUCACAAAACAGAUCAGUGUUGCAGAAAAAAGCCUUAUGAUUCUGCAAAGGUUGCCGCUCAGACGUUGGGUGGCACAUAGAGUUCCACAGCUGUACACAGUGCUGGGGCCUAACCAGAGAGUAACCAAAAUACCACUGUGGUGAUGCGACGGGUCAUGGUGGUUGGAACAUAAAAAGAGAAACCAGAAUGAAGCUUUGCCAAAGCCUCAAUCAAAACUUGUUUUUUUCUCAAAAACCUCUGCCUGACAUGAAAAGUCGCCAUGCGGCGACAAUCCAAACUACACCUGCGAUUGUGUGGCAAAAAAAAAGAAGAAA